AUCCAUCUGAGGGGCUCGCUCAACUUCCUCUGUGCGCGUGGAUGUCAACCGCGGGAAACUCGGUAACGAAAAGAGAUCACUACUCCCCAGUCUGUCCUGUGAAAUGUUACGUUAACCUCCGGGUGGAUGAGCUCUGAGAUGAACGGUCCGCGGAGAGUCAAACUGUUUCUUCUUUCGUGGUAUUCAGUCCUCCAGCUGCUGACAGCACAAGAAGCUCAGAGCCAACUGACAGAGACAGACGGAAGACUACAGAGGAGGGCUAAUGCACUGCGGAGGAAACGGGAUCUCCUAGGGGAGGAGACAUUCAGUCCUCUUCUCUCUGAAGCAGCUCUCCCUCGCAGUGUUCUACAUAAUUACACGGCCCGCGAUGCCUCCUCAGAGUACUGUGGCUGUCUGAAUGGAGGAUGGUGUCAGGAGGGGGGCGUGUGUGACUGUGCACAGUUCCAGGCCCUCGGAGACCGCUGCCAGAUCAUUCCUAACCAGGGCCAGGACAGAGAUGGGAUAUGCAGGUCUUGGGGUCAGUACCACUAUGAGACGUUCGAUGGCAGCUACUUCUACUACCCUGGAACCUGCUCCUACAUCCUGGCCCAGGACUGCCGCUCAGCCACACCACAGUACACAGUGUGGGUCCAUAACAGCCGUGUGUGUGAGGGCAGUGUGUACUCCUGUCCCAGGGCUCUCAGUCUCUUCUUCCCCAACGAGGAGGAGAUCCACAUCUCUGGAUACCAAGUCCACCAGGGGGGUCGCAGGCUGAUCCUACCCCAGACAAUAGGAGGUGUGUUUAUAGAGCGUCUGGCUGACUACCUGCUGGUGAAGAGCGUGUUUGGCUUCUCUCUGGCGUGGGACGGGGGGAGCGGAGUAUAUCUGAAGAUGUCUGAACAGCACCAUGGCACCCCCUGUGGCCUUUGUGGGAACUACAACAACCUGCCCAACGAUGACCUCACCACAGCCCGCGGUGUGCAGACAGAGGAGCCAGCAGUGUUUGCUAACAGCUGGUCAGUCGAUCUGCCCCAUGAAAGAGGCUGCCCUCUAGUGGACAUAGACUUCACUGGACCCUGCCACUCUGAGUCUGACAUGGACGAUGCCAUAGAGAAGUGCAGUGCUCUCCUGUUCUUCCCCUUCCUGUCCUGUCAUGAGAACAUCGACCCAAACCCCUACGUGGCCAGCUGUGUCUCCGACCUCUGUGUGUCAGAUGAGGAGGAGACGUUUUGCCGUGCGCUGGUGGAGUACACACGAGCCUGCAGCCAUGUAGGAUACCCUGUACGAGAGUGGAGAGACAGCUUCCCUUCCUGCAAUGAUGGCUGUGAGGAGAGUUUUGUCCAUAGAGACUGUAUCAGCUGCUGCCCUCCAACCUGUACCUUUGAUAAGGAGUGUCUAGGAACUAACCUACACUGUCUGGAUGGAUGCUACUGCCCUGAUGGGUUGAUUCUACAGAAUGGGACGUGUAUCGCUGUGUCUCAGUGUCCUUGUGUCUACCACGGUACCUCAUACACACAGGGACACACUCUGGAGCAGGGCUGCAGUGUCUGUGUGUGUAUGGGGGGAGUGUGGAACUGCACGGACAACAACUGUACAGCGGAGUGUUCAGUAGUAGGUGAUGUGUUUGUGACAUCGUUUGAUGGGAGGAUGUUCCUGCAGCCAGGAGCGUGUCAGUACGUCUUGGCCAAGAGCCGCAGCGGCAGCAGAUUCACUGUUACACUGCAGUAUACCACCUGCACAAAGGCCCAGCAGCAGGUGUGUAUCCAGUCAGUGACGGUGGUUCUGGAUGAAGAUGUUAAUCACCAGGUGACUCUGACCCGAGAGGGGGAAGUGCUUAUUGGGGUCAACCCCGCCCCCGCUUUGCCCUACACCGGUGAUGUAGUUGAGGUACGGAGGUUAACGUCAGUGUUCGUCCAGCUGAGGACGUUGCUUGGACUGCGUCUGCAAUAUGACGGGCGUGGUGGACGUGUCUAUAUACAGCUGGACAGCCAAUGGCGCAGCAACACCCUGGGCCUUUGUGGAACCUUCAACGGAAACCUGCGGGAUGACUUCCUGUCUCCAGCAGGGAUGAUAGAGGGGACCCCCCAGCUCCAUGCUAACUCCUGGAGAGUCUCAUCUGCUUGCUCCGCCCCCGUCAACCAGCCCAUCAUUGACCCCUGUGAGAUAAAUCAGCACAACGUGUUCUACGCCUCUCUGUGUGAGGUGUUGUUGGGCAGUGUGUUCUCUCCAUGCCAUGGUUACGUCAGUUCCAGUGUGUACCAGCAGCAGUGUCGCUACCAGGCCUGUCGCUGUGGUAACGCCUGUCUGUGUACGGCCCUGGCCCACUAUGCCUAUCUCUGCUCCAAACACAAUGUUACUGUCAACUACAGGGCCCACGUCUCAGAGUGUGGGAUGGUGUGUUUGGGUGGGAUGCUGUACCAGUCCUGUGUGUCAUCCUGUGGCGGAUCAUGCCGCUCCCUCUCCAGUGGAGAGACCUGUAACCAUGAUGACUGUGCUGAGGGGUGUGGCUGCUCUGAGGGCAGUUACUACGACGACAUACGACAACUCUGCGUUCAGCCGUCGCAGUGUCAUUGUUACUCUAUUGGAGGGGUGUCCCAGCCAGGGGAGGUGUCCUUCAGCGCCACAGGCCCUUGCCUGUGCAGGAAUGGAAGGAUGGAGUGUGUACCAGAAGAAAGAGAGCCGGAGCGAGGCCAGUGUCCAGAGGGAAAGGUGUUCCACAGCUGCUCUGAGCCCCAGAGGUUACACGGGUUCCAGGGGUCGCCGGCCUGGCGAGGAGGUGUGGCCUGUGAGCUCACCUGUCGGAACCUGAUGUUGAAUCUGACCUGUCCUCCCACCACACCCUGCAUACCUGGCUGUGUCUGCCCACAAGGGCUGGUGCUGCACCGUGGGGAAUGUUACUACCCAGAGAACUGUCCCUGUGCCUGGCUGGGCCUGGAGUAUCUGCCAGGAGAGACUGUCGACACCCCCUGUUACAGAUGUGUGUGUCACCGGGGGUAUUUUAACUGUAGUCACAGUCCAUGUCCGGCUGUGUGUACGGUCUACAGUGACAGACACUACCACACCUUCGACGGCCUGGAGUACGACUACCACUCAGAAUGUCAGGUCUACCUACUCAAGAGUAUAGAUGGUGAGGUGUCCAUCGUGGCCCAGAAUAAGGAUUGUUAUCAGAGUGGGAUCAUCUGUAUGAAGAUGCUGGUCAUCCAUGUUGGAUUCACCAAGAUCUACUUCAACGACAACUCAGGCCAGCCUAGUCCAUCCAGUGUGGUAGGUAAGGGGUCCGAAUUUGAGCUGUGGUCAGCAGGCUACUACACAGCAAUCCACUUUCCCUACCAGGACCUAACCAUUCUCUGGGACCACAAGACGACCGUACACAUCAGAGUUGGACCACAUUGGAAGGGUCUCCUGGGUGGUCUGUGUGGGAACUUUGACAGUGUGACAGUGAAUGAUAUGACCACAUCCAGCCACAUGGAGGUCAGCAAUGCUCAGGGCUUCGGAGACAGCUGGGCCCUGGGACAGUGUGAGAGUGACUAUGUGGUGAAGAGAGCGUGUGAAGGAGACCUGGGUAGACAGCCGUACGCCAAGAGAGAGUGUGCUCUCCUCUACAGUGAUGUCUUUACUCCCUGUCACAAUGUGGUGGAUGUCUCAUGGUUCUAUAUGAACUGCUUGACAGACACUUGUAACUGUAAUCGGGGCGGAGACUGUGAGUGUCUGUGUACGUCCAUCGCUGCCUAUGCACACACCUGCUGUCAACACGGUGUUACUGUGGUAUGGAGAAACCCCUCUGUCUGUCCCUAUGACUGUGAAUACUACAACCAAGAGUUAGGUGAAGGUCCAUUCUCAGUGGCCAGUGCUGUGUUUAAUGCUACAGUCUUCGGUGUGAACAGAACCAGUGGGUCAGUCUUUCCUAUAGUUAGGGAGUUCGUAGGUGGGCUGCCUCCCCCUGGACUACUCUUUAACUUCAUGAUCACAGCAGGACUACAGAAGGACCGCACAUCACGUCUCCCGGUGAUCUCUCUGGAGUCAGCGGAGCGUCCUAACUACUUCCUGGUUGUUUCGGACCACGCUGGGCUGCGGUUGGAGCAGUGGACAAGAGGGGAGAAGUUUGGCCGCAGGGCUUCCUUCCUACAGCACCAGGGGCUGUUCCUGCCUGGCCACACCUCCUUAGAGCUGAUUGGUCAGCCGGGAGUGUUCCUGACUCUGACACGCACGUCUGCACGUGCUCAGAGAUACGACAACUCAGACAACUUCAAGACCAGCAGCUCCUUUACCCUGGAGGAGAGCAGUUUUGUGAUCCCGUUCCGUAUGAUGUGUGAGUGGCGCUACCAUGCAUGUGCCAGUCCUUGUGUUCGUACAUGCAGCGACCUCGCCGCAACACGCUGCCACUUCCUGCCCCCGGUGGAGGGCUGUUUCCCUCGCUGCCCCAAAAACAUGGUUCUUGAUGAGGUCACCAGGAGAUGUGUCUACACAGAGGACUGUGUGUCCCUUCCUCCCACUCCUACACCCUAUGCCUUCGUAAACCAAACAACCACCACCCCAACUACUACCACUACAGCCCCCACUACUACCACUACAGCCCCCACUACUACCACUACAGCCCCCACUACUACCACUACAGCCCCCACUACUACCACUACAGCUACUACUACUAUCACUACAGCCCCCACUACUACCACUACAGCUACUACUACUAUCGCUACAGCCCCCACUACUACCACUACAACCCCCACUACUACCACUACAGCCUCUACUACUACCACUACAGCCCCCACUACUACCACUACAGCCCCCACUACUACCACUGCAGCCCCCACUACUACCACUACAGCCCCCACUACUACCACUACAGCCCCCACUACUACCACUACAGUCCCUACUACGACCACUACAGCCCCCACUACUGCCACUACUACGACUACAGCCCCCACUACUACCACUACAGCCCCCACUACUACCACUACAGCCCCCAUUACUACCACUACAGCACCCACUACUACCACUACAGCUACUACUACUAUCACUACAGCCCCCACUAUUACCACUAUAGCCCCCAAUAGUACCACUACAGCCCCCACUACUACUACUACUGUUAGGCCUACUAGUACUGCUACUACUACAUCUAGAACCACUACUAGGACCACUACUACUAGUAGCAGAACUACAACCAGUGCUGCCUCUACAACUGUUACUGCCACCAGAGCCCCCACUACUCCCAGUACAGCCCCAUUGACUGAGCGUUUCACCCACACACUCACCCCUGCUCGCUCCCCCUCUCCUCCUCUCCCUUCCCUGCCCUCACCCUCCACCCCCACUGUGACCGAGCACACCACUUCACCUGCAGUCUUUCCCUCUGUCUCCCCCUCCCCCUCACCCACCACUACUAGUAGCACCACUGGGGUCACGACCCUGACCCCUUCAGAGGUCACUACAGUAGCCUCCCCUACUCCCCCCAGCCUGGCAGUGACCGACUCCACCACUCCACGUCCUCCCCCUUCUGCUACCCCUCCCCAGCCUUCCAUCCAGUCUUCUAUCUCUCCCCCAGCCACUACCUCCUUCCUCACCUCCUCUCCCCCUCCUCCUCUCUCCCCCUCCACCCACACCCCAACCACCACACAAACACAUCAUCCUGUUCCUACGCCCACAGAGACCAUCUCUGUAUUUCCAGUUGUAUAUGACACCUCCUCUGUUACCAUGUCGACAUCACCCCCAGAGACGACGGAGUUCAUAUCCACGGAAACAUCCACCAGCACAGACUUCUCUCCUACACCUGAGGCAGUCAGCAUGCCAACAGUGCUGCCCCCUUCCUCCUGCCCACCGCCCCAUCCCCCGUACUCCUACCGUGUAGAUGAGUGUACAGAGCUGAUCUGUUUUAACGGGGAGCUGCUCCUCCAUAACUCCUCCCUCCACUGUCGGUACAACACCACUCCUCCACGCUGCUCUCUGCUGGGCAUGGCUGUCCUCACCAACACCGACCCCUGCUGCCCACUCUGGCAGUGCCCCUGUCGCUGCUCUGUGAUGUCAGAUCUGCGUGUGAUAACGUUUGACGGUAACAACGUGGCACUGUAUGAUAAUGGCUCCUACAUCUUGGUCUACCUGCCCAGAGAGAACAUCAUAGGAACAGUGGAUAAAUGCCCUACCAGCCAGAGCGUCAACUCCAUCAGACGACCGAACCCUAGUGGUGGGACGUCAGGUUUGUGUUUUAAGAAGUUGAACAUCACCACUCCGUCCUACAGGAUUAUCAUCAACCGCCUAGACCGCAAGGUGUCAGUGAACCACAUCAAGGCACGGCUGCCUUUCUCCCGCCAGGCUCUGUCAGUAGAGGACACAGGCAGUAUGUACCUGAUCACCACUCCUGAAGGAGUCAACAUACAGUGGUACCACAGCACUGGCAUCAUGGUGCUGCAAUACACCGCCCCCUCCAACACAUCUGCUCCUACUAGAGGCCUCUGUGGGUGUUGUGACGGGAACCCGGCGGAUGACCUGAAGCUGCCUAACGGGACGGUGGUGAGGGAGGUGGCAGACCUGGGUCUGUUCCUGCAGGCCUGGAGGGUCCACACCUCAGAGGACACGGAACACACACGACGCAUUGGAGACAACUGUACCACUGGAGACUGCUCUACCUGUCUCUCCAUGCUCAGACAGAGACCCUUCACUCCCUGCCACAGCAAGGUGUCUCCAGAACAGUUCUGUGAUGUGAUGUGGGCAGGCGACCUCCACUAUAAGGCCCACCAGUGUGACUUCCUGGCAGCCUAUGUAGCUGUCUGCUACACUUACCAAGUCUGCAUCAACUGGAGACGACACAACUUCUGCCCAUUGAGGUGUCCCCCAGGUAGGGAGUACCAGGCGUGUGUGUCGACCUGUACUACCCGGACCUGUCAGAACAGAGAGUUCUAUGAGGAGACCACCUGCUCCCACAUCCGAGAAGAGUGUGUGUGUCGCUCUGGAACCAUCCUGCACCGAGCAGACUCCUCUUACUGCGUCACAGAGGAGCAGUGUGUGUGUACUGAUAACGAGGGGUCUCCGCGGGCCCCUGGGGAGGUGUGGAACGGGUCAUUGCGUAGCUGCUGUCUGUUCCGCUGCCUGGAGAACGGUUCUGUGGUAGCAGUAGAACCUGACUGUAGCAUUAGUCCCACUCUGCUGUGUGAGAGGGAGGGAGAGUACGUACUGGAUGUCCUGGAGGAGGGGGCUUGCUGCCCCAAGCAGAUUUGUGAAUGUAAUCUGACCAUCUGUGAGAGUGAGGCUCCGCCCUGUGAGAAUGGGAACCAGCUGGUGAUUGGUUACAGUGCCCUGUCCUGCUGCCCAGAGUACCGUUGUGAAUGCGACCCCCAUGCCUGUCCCCCCCUCACCACCCCUGAUUGUAGAGAAGAUCAGUUCCUAGUGGAGGUUCGUGAGGACAACUCCUGCUGUUACUCCUUCCUGUGUGUGUGUGAGUCGUGUAUCGAGCCCGUGCCGUCCUGUUCUUAUGGAGAGAUACUGGCUGUGGAUCUGAACACAACCCACAGCUGCUGCCCUCAAUACCACUGUGUGUGUGACGUGAACCUGUGUCCUGAGUUGACUCUGAGCUGUUCUCCUGGUCUGUCUCUGAUCCAAACAACCCUACCUGGACACUGCUGCCCCGACCGUCACUGUGAGUGCCAGUGUGAGGACAGCCCAGUCUGUCAGGUGGGGGAGGUACAGGUGGAGGUCACAGACAGCAGAAGCACCUGUGGCUGCCCCUUCUACACCUGCAAGAAGGCGGAGGUGUGUGUGUUCCAGGGAGUCACGGUGCUGGGUCCGGGGCAGAGCCUGAUUCAGUACUAUGAAGGAGAGCUGUGUUACACCGUCCAUUGUCUGACACAUCGUGAUACACACACUGGAUACUACGCCAUGGACGUGUCCGCUGUCAACUGCUCUCAGAAGUGUGGCCAGCACCAGCUGUACGUAGCAUCAUCAGAUCCUCAGGUGUGCUGUGGCUCCUGUAAGAAUGUGUCCUGUUCUUUCAACAAUCACAACGGAACCACUGAGCUCUUCACUGCAGGGAGCUCCUGGGUGGAUAACUGUACCCGGUAUGAUUGUGUGGAGACGACAGUGGGAACUGUGAUGCUGGCCUCAGGGGUGGUCUGCCCCCCCUUCAACGACACAGAGUGCACUCAGAAUGGGGGCGUGGUCCAGAGCUAUGUGGACGGCUGCUGCAGGACGUGUAAGGAGGACGGCAAGACGUGUAAGCGUGUGGCAAUCCGAACCACCAUCAGAAAAGACGACUGCAGGAGCAACGCACCGGUGACGGUGUUUUCAUGUGAUGGGAAGUGUCCGUCUGCCACCAUCUUUAACUUCAACAUCAACAGCCACGCCCGCUUCUGUAAGUGCUGCAGGGAGAGUGGACUACAAACCCGCUCCGUCACCCUGUACUGCUCACACAACGCUACCCUGGUGGUCUACAGCUUCCAGGAGCCUGUCGACUGCUCCUGCCAAUGGAACUAAAGAGAGAGCGAAGAUAGUCAGUGUGAGCUCCGUAUGGCGUUCAAUAGGAGGGAUGGAAGAUGGAACAGAGGUUAGAGGUCAGAGGUCAGAGUAGACAGGUCAAGCCUCCAUGUAGGCGAGUUCUUUAGUCUUCCUUCAGUGUGUUGUGGAGGGCUGUAUGCUGACCUGUUAUAGUGACCCUGUCGUUACAGAUAUGUAGUGGUCAGAUGUGCAGGGCUGUAACCUGUUCCUGCUGUACUAUGAUAACACUAGUCCUAUCUGUACUGCUGUAGCCUGCUCCUCCUUGUGUGUAACACUAGCUAGUCCUCUCGGACUUUAUCAUGUUAAGAUCAGUUGGUCUGAGCUGACAAGACCGCUGCUGCUUUAGUAUGGAUCUAGUGCUCUCUUGAUGACUGACAUGUUUUAUAUGGCAAUCAAAUUUCUCUUACAAAAUAGUAUUUUUUUUUACAAGUGUAAAGCUUUUAUCCAAAAAUAUUUGUAUUUAACUCAAUCAAUUAUUUAGUAAGGUGAUAAUCCACCUGAGCAUCUGAUGGUAGAUUAUCUGUAUUUCAACAGAACACUGUAUUUGUUGUGUUGUUUAAUGUGAAGCAUUGUGCCAGUAAUCAGUAUGUGCUGAUGCCAUCAGAUAGACUACAGUCUCUAGUCAUACAGACCCUCUCAGAAUAAAACUAUAAAACAUUUAACAAUGA